ACGUAUAUGAAUGAACACUAUUUAGUACUGCAAUCAAGAGUCGGCAUCGUGAGUCAGCAAUCAUGCUUCGUCAGCUACUAGUACUGAUACCCUUACUUCAAUCUAUGGCCACCGUCAGCGCCACUACUUGUAGUGACUGUAGCGAUGAGAAGAGAGUCGAAGACGCCCCCAUAUGCUCAAUCAAUGGCAAAACAUACGAAAACCGUUGCUUGCUAAACUUGGAUUCUUGCAUGAAUUAUGGCGAUCUUUCCAUUGCGUUCUAUCACGAGGGGCCUUGUACUGGACCAGCCCCGGCACCUGUAUGUGACGGCAUAUGUACGCGUCAAUACGUACCGGUGUGCGCGAGUAAUGCCAGGACCUACUCCAAUAAAUGUGUGAUGGAGUUGGAGGCAUGCCAAACCCGCUGGGGGCUGUAUGUAGUAUCGGAGGGCGUAUGCGAACAUGAGGCUACUGCUGAAGACGUAAUAGGUGACGGGUUUGAUGGCGAUACUGUGCGGACUACAACCACAUGUCCUGACCAAUGUGACGACAGUGAAUUUGCAGUGGUGUGUGGCACAGAUGGGAAGUCGUAUAUCAAUGAAUGCGAUCUACGCCUGGCUGCCUGCGCUAAGCACUUCCCACUACUGGCUGUUUGGUACGACGGUACAUGCACUGAACAGCACGCAGACACACCGUUGUAUACGGACAGUGAUGUUAGUGAAUACCUAGAGCAGAAUGGACGUACUUUUGGACUUUCUCAGGACAUCGUAGCCGCGUCAAAUGGCGACACUCUAAAAGGGAAAAAACUCGACGAUAACUCAGGGCCAGCAGUCAGUGUAGGUCUGAUCAUCGGCGCUUUCGUAGGCAUUGUGCUGCUCACGUUGGUGGUCGCAUUGUGUACUACUGCGAUUAUCUGGAAGCAACGAAAACAAACUAAAAAAGAGCAGAAGUGUUCAAAGCAACGCAAUGAACCAAGCAUGUAUGAUAAGGGAUACAAAGGGUAUUGUAGUACUGGGGAUAUCACCGACGACCAGGCUAAGAUGCCCACCGGCGAUAUCGAUGUUGAUGUCUAGGUGCAUGUGCUCGAGAAAAGGUGACGCUCACGCGUAUACAACAGCACGUAGUUGGGAAUCAGUGUACCACACAUCACGUCGAGAAAAGCCAUGUAUAGAAUAGAAAAAUGUAUUAGACCAGGUUGACUUCAAUAUAUAUAGCCGCAACGCCGCCUUCAGCGUGGCGAAGCUUAGAGAGUAUUAGAAAGAUUUCAGUUCCACCGCCCGCUUGACCUUCGGGACUCACUGUAAACAUACAAAAAUAUAUGAGGUUUUCUCAUCUGGAGGCAUAUAUGACUACAGCCGGGGCUGAAUAGCUGAAAUCUGUAUUAUCGAACUCGUUUACAUCUAAAUAUUAAAGUACAUAGAUAUACAAUAAG